AUGCACACACGAGACGCUGCUGCUCGCGUUGCUCCUCCUCGAUAGUCUCUUCAAUUCAAGAAGCGUAAAAGAGGCUUCAACCGGAAACCAAACUUUUUUCUUCGAACUUUUUUUUUUUUUUUUUGCUCUGAGGCAAAAGAGGAAAAGAGACGAGCUCACAGUGUCAUAAAACAACACGGUUCCGUUUUUUUCUGCUUUUACGUUUUGCUGUUGGAAAUGUGUGAGCUGCCGACCAACGAGGGAGAAGUCAAAGGUUUCUGGAGAGGAGAAUAAGAGCGACGUCGAGUGAUUUCAGGCUGCACAACACUCACAUAACGGAUUUUGGUCCUUUAUCAUGGAAGAUGGCGGGAAAGAGGACCCAGCCCAGUGUAAAGAGCCAAAGUUCCUGGCUAAGGCUGGCUGGAUGAAGAAGGGCUACGGCAGACUGUUGGCCAGCUAUAAGGACCGCUUCGUCCAUGUGGAGAAGACAGAGAUCGUGGUGUAUGAAAACGAGGAGCUGCAGAACUGUUUGGAGAAGGUUGACCUGGAAAGCUACGAUAAAUGUCACGAGUUAAAGAGCCCCUUCAAGAGGAAGCACCGACUGAUUCUCAUUCGAUCACCCAAGUCCGCAAACAAGGUCCAUGAUGUGAAGUUUCAAACUCAGACUGCGGAGGAGAAGGAGGCGUGGAUUAAAGCUCUGAGUGAUGGCAUCAAUCGAGCAAAGAACAAAAUCUUUGACGAGGUGAAGGUUGAUGACAGCAGUAAUUUAGAGCAUGUAACACGAACAAGACCCAAAGGGAACCGUAACCGACGGCCUCCUACCAGGAUACACAUGAAAGAGGUAGCUGAUGUGUCCUCUGAUGGUAUCCUGCGAUUGGAUCUUGAUCUUGAGAACGCCACAAUGCCUAAUGGGACCUCCCAUGUCAGUGUUGAUGGCCCUGAAAAAACGGCCAAAACGCCAGUGGCUCCAUCUAAAGACAGCAACGCUACAGAGAAAGAGUCAGAGCAAAGUCCUGAGGAAGAGACUAAGACUGAGCCAGAGGCCAGUCCCCAGAAAAAGGUCUUUAAACCUCCCAUGCCCCCUAACAAAGAGGCUAAACCCAGCUCACCAUCUGAGGAAGAACCCUUGAAGGAUGAUGGCUCAGAGAAAAAGGUCUUUAAACCUCCCAUGCCCCCUAACAAAGAGGCUAAACCCAGCUCACCAUCUGAGGAAGAACCCUUGAAGGAUGAUGGCUCAGAGAAAAAGGUCUUGAAGCCGCCAAUGCCUCCUUCUAAAGAGGUGAAGCCCAGUGUUUCGCCCAAAGAAGAAGAAGCUUCAGAGGAAGACAAAGCUGAGAAGGUUCCUGAAAUGAGUCCAGAUUCCAGGAAAAAGACUGGACCACCUCCAACUCCUCCAAACAAACCCGUGAGCAACCUCUCUGAGGCCCCACAGUCCAGGCCAAACUCCCACCCUCCUACCCCUCCAUGCAAAGAGAAGAAACCCUCCCAUCCUGCUGAGGAGUUGAACCAAGAGGUCCAAGGCUCAGCUGAGGAGAAUAAGGAGGAGGAGGAAGAGGAGGAAGUGAAGGAGGUGACGGAAACAGCUUCGGAAACGGAUGAGGCGGAGCAGUCGGUUUCUAAAGAGGAUGACGGUCCUCAGAGUCCCAGUGCUGAAGGACAAGUUUCAGAAGACAAAUCAGGAGAAGCCGACAAUGAGCCACAAGAACCCACCGAGCCGCUCGCAAAGAGUCCUCCACUUGUUCCCAAGAAAAAGCCUGAGAAACCUGCUCAGCCCGACAAGGGUGAAGACAGUAAUGCACUGCUGCAAAAUGCUCCAGAUACCUCAGCCGGCUCUUCUCCAGCAGAAGAGACACCGCCCAAGAGUGAAGUCCCCACAGUGGUUGUCUCUGUGAACGACCCGGUCGCUGAUAGCCUCGGCCUGAGUCCACUGCUCUGUCACUUUCCCGGGGAGAAGAAAAAGAAGGCGGAGGAGAAGUCUGUGGACAGCGGGCAGCACUCAGAUGAUGACAGCGAAAGCUCUGUGAGUGAGGACACACUCGCGGCUUCCACGGCUGCCCUGAGAGGAAGCAACGCCGGCCUGGAUGUGUUGGACGCCAACGAGGACGACGCUCCGAUCUCUGUUACUUUAAGGCAACCAAAGGUGCCGCCCAAGCCUAAGGUUGGAUCAAAGGCAUUUCCCUUACGACGCUCAGAGCCCACUCCUCCUCUCAAACCCUCAGCGAAGGCGCGCUCAGCAUCCAUAGGAGAUCUGCUGUCCGUCUCUUCGGUCUGUACUGAGGCGGGGCAGCAGACCAGAGCCGAGGCGGAAGACAAAGCCAUGCCGGCUGAGGAGGUUGUGAAACUGGAGGCCGAGGUGGCGCUGGAGAUAGAAAAGACACGGGAGCUCCUGAGCAGAGUGUCCGUCGAGGGAGGUGACGGGGAGUCCGUGUCGGAGGACCUGCUCACCAAGGCCAUGGAGAAGCUGAAGACGGCCGACCAUGUCCUCAGAGAGGUCAAGAAACUGACGCCAGCAAAGAACUCAAGCAUCAGGAAGAGCUGGUGAAAGAGCAGAUUGUCAUGUAAAUAACCAUUCGCUAAACCUUUCUCCUACAGAGUGAUUAUCCAUUAAUAAGUCAUCAUCAGCCCUGUCAAGAUCUGGAUCUCUCCACAUCCUGUAGCGUUUGUAUGAGGCUUAAUAUUUGAUGUCUACAGAGGGCUUUUUUCUUGAGUCUGUUCCAGAUCCAGAAACACCGGAGUGAAGUGGAAUAGAUUGAUUGAACAGUGUGUCUUUUUGCUCCAAUCUUUAGCAUGUCAAGCUUACUACCUUUCUGUCUGUAGUAGUAUCUGAGCGUUACAAACAAAGCCUGCGCAGUAGCCUGGAGAUAAGCUGAGAGGACUCAAAGCUUCAAAGCACAGAUUCAAUAUAAUGAGCUGGAGCUGAUGUCAAAUGAAGAAAAAUCCAUGAUUGAUGAAGUCAGCGGUCUCAAAUGUCUUUGUUGCUUUUGGAACGCUUCAAACAUUUUGACAGUUUUUAAAGUUUAAGAGCUCAGUGCUGAUCAGUUAGCAAAUCACCGUGCUAUAAGCGGUAUUAUAACGUUUUUUGUGCGAAUUACAAAGAAACGAUGACUAAAACAGGAUAAAUAGAGGUAUAAUAAGUUACGGGUUACAGAGCAAGAUAAGUACAGUAAUGGGAUUAUUGACAGGUCAGACACAGACUCCCCGGCUGUGUUUAUGCAAACCCCUGGGAGUGAUCACACCAAUAAAACCUGAAAAGACAAAGAACCACAGACAGAAAAUCAAGCAAGUUGCCGCUCAUGGUGUACGCACAGCUUUACAGCACCUACAGUACGUGUUAGCUCAUCUCAGUCCUGUUUGAUACAAUGACUGAGCGUGAGAGACGGAAAAGGACGGUGACAGGUGAAGCCCAAAAGAGAAACAGAGAGAUUGACCGAGCAAGAAGCCGAGUGCACAACCCUGCAGAUAUUAUUCACAACAGGUUGCAACGUAAUGUUAGGCUGUAUCGUUAACAAUGUCAUCGCUACCUCGUGUUUAGCUGAAAAUCAUCAAACCCCGCGUUAUGUCAAAAUAAAUUAAUCCAUCUUAUGCCAAAACGUUUUCUUUACAAACAGCUGUAGACGCUAGCAGAGUCAUACUUGGGCAAAAAAGACUUGGUUCUUUGGCUUCUCACAACACCUCCCUUUGCUUGUUAACAAAUGAACGUUGUCUAUGAAGGGGAAGCAUAACAGCACUGUGUGUUUUAAGACAGCGGGGUUCCACUCAGAGACCUUCAGUGGGCGCCAAAGCGCUCCAAACUGAAUUCCUCCCUGAUAUUGUUUUAAAUAAUUUGUCUUUGAUAACAUCACACUGUGACUAUGAUAUGCCAUAAAUAUUAACCCUUACACAUGAAUAUACAGCAGCAAAAAAAAAGGUACAUUUGUGUUUAAUGUCACAUGUGAAGACUUCUUACACAGCCUGUUAUAAUUUAAGCUUCUUGAACAAAAAACAUAGGCUAGUACUAAUGCAGCACGUCUGAACAAAAUCGAAGCCUUUGCAGGAUAGCAUUUUAAUAUCAGUGAGGUAGAGUUGUGAUUCAGGCACACACGUGAAGAGCUGCUGCAAGCCACCAGAUGUCACUGUUUGCUGAGCUGAAGCCCUCAGACUUUGAAUCUUUUUCAGCACAAACACAAACAAAAGCUUCCACACUGUUUUAUGGCUUCAUCUGCAAAAACAGCCCCCCCCCCCCCCCCCCCCAGUAAAAACACAUAUACUAUUUGCCCACCAUGUGGAUACUUGCUCUGGAUGCCUCAGAGAUCAGACUUUUCCCACGUCAUUUUAAAUGUAAAUCUGUUUGAAUUGAGCUGAUUGUGUUGAUUGUCACUUUAGAAGGAACGAUAAAUGGCUGCCAGCUAGAAAUGGCAUGAAGGAGACAGGGUUUAGUGAGCGGUCAGUCGAUGGACUUGGGGAAUAAUGACAUGACGUGUCUCAUUUUUGAUCGUUGUGCAGAUUAUGUAACUGUUUGCUCAUAAUUAACUACGUGCAAUUAUUUCUAGUUUCACUUUCUCUGCAGCUAAACGUAAAGCUUCAUUUUUAUUGUCCAUUUUGUGUUUUGUUUAUAUCUGACAUUUCAAGGAUAAUUGCCUGAAGGAUAAUUUGAGAAUGAAUAAGAAUAUGAAAAUGCUAUGCUGUCAGUAAAUACAUUGAGAACAUGCGAAAUGACUCAAAUUUGUAAAUACCAAAUUGCACAACUUAAUAUUGUCUUUUGUGGAUUUAGAAAGCUUUUUCUCUCAUUCUCAGUUCCCAUGUUUUAGCUGGCAGUUUAUAUGAGGGAUUCUUUAUUGUACAUACUUUACAUGUUCAUCGCAGCAUUGUGCUGUGUGUUGUUGAGGGACAUGUACCAACAUAGCUCAGGAGUUUUCUAAAAGUGAUCUUUAUAGUCUAACCAUGUGAAUAGAAUAAGAAAGGGUGGGCAGUUUUGUUAUUAAUAAUAUGUUCUUAAUAGUGAUGUUGUGGCCUUAAUAGCUUUUAAUGCUCUCACUAACACACUUGUAAUAAUUGCUCAUCAGACAUGUCUCUGCAUGAAGGAUUUCCCCUGGUUUUAUCUGAUGCUUUGGUAAAAGCUAUUUCCACACAAUCUGCCUUUCAGAGUAUGUAAGAACAUUUUCUAACAUUUUGUACUCUUUGAUAACAUUUUCUAUGGCUCAAAUAAACAAAGGGAAACGAUGUAUUCA